AUGCCGAAAAUGAAUAAUGUCGAAAUUCCAAAAUUAAAAUGUUUUAUUUUAAAAAGUAAGAUUCAUGGUGAUUGUCAAUUAGUAUAUCUUAAGUGGAUUCUUAAUAAUGUUAAUCAUAUUGAAAAAUUAAAACUUUAUCUUGAUAUUAACUUAACACAUGAAAAUAAUUUAAUGAAAAAUAAAUCUAUAAUUGAUGCUAAUUUUAUUAGUCAAUAUUGUAUGCUUGAUGUAUUUAAAUAUUUAAUUGAUUUUCAUUUUUACAUUGUAUCAAAGUGUCAGUUAUUGCCGAAUGAUAUUCAGAUAAUAGAAGAUUCAUUUAAAAAUCAUUACUUUUUUUCCAAUCAUCACUGGAUAAAUGUUAAAUGUUUCUUUGAUCCAAUAAUGUCAUAUCAGCAUCUAUCAUCAAUGGGAAUUGUUAAACCUAAAUUGUUUCCUGGUAUUAUUAUAGAUUAUCCAAAUAUAUUUCAUUGUCAACAUAUGAAAUAUUUAAAGAAUCCAAUUUAA